GAAUUUUGGCUGCCAAGCGAGAAGAUUGGUGAACAGGCGAGACCGUGUGUUGGCUUCCCCCGCGAAGGGACCAUCAAAGUUAAAUACUUUCCGUGCAAAUCCAAGCAAGGCCUAGACAGCCCCUGGCAUGUUCCUCAGCAAAUGCGAGGGGGAGCUCAGCGAGCUGCAGAAGGGGGAAGACAGCGAGGGCCCCACACCGGAAAACCUGGACGAGGAGCAGCCCAAGAAGAAGCACCGCCGCAAUCGCACCACAUUCACCACCUACCAGUUGCACGAGCUGGAGAGAGCCUUUGAGAAGUCCCACUACCCAGAUGUCUACAGCCGUGAGGAGCUGGCCAUGAAAGUGAACCUGCCAGAGGUCAGAGUUCAGGUCUGGUUCCAGAACAGGCGAGCCAAGUGGCGCCGGCAGGAGAAGCUGGAAGCCAACGCCAUGAAGCUCCAUGACACGCCCAUGCUGUCCUUCAACCGGCCGCCCAUCGCAGCCAACCUCGGGCCGAUCGGCAACUCGCUCCCCUUGGACCCAUGGCUUGCAUCGCCCAUCUCCAGCGCCACCACGGUGCACAGCAUCCCGGGGUUCAUGGGCCCCACGCAAGCCCUCCAGCCCGCCUACGCCGGGCACUCCUUCCUCAACAGCCCACCUGCCCUGCCCCAGGGCAUGCAGCCGAUGCCCCCCCCAGCGUACCAGUGUGCCACGUUUGUGGACAAGUACCCCCUGGAGGAGAUCGACCAGCGCAGCUCAAGCAUUGCCUCUCUGCGGAUGAAGGCCAAGGAGCACAUCCAGACCAUUGACAAGACCUGGCAGCCCAUCUGA